CGGGACGCAGACGGAGGCUGGUCUUACCGGAGUACCGCUCUGCUGCUGCUGUUGCUGCUUUUCGUCUCUGAACCGGGAAAACACGACGAGAAAUUACAGAAGGUCGUGACCAGUCCUCUUUUUUGAAGUGGAAAUCUGCUCACUCCGUCCUCAUUUACAGCUGGGCUGCUACUGUCAGACCGGGUUGGAGGACAAUCAGCUCCAACUGCUGCUGCCGCGGCUGGUGUGUUUUGAAUGGUGUGGACUUUCUCACGUUGCUGCGGACCCCCCCACACACACACACACAUCGGAGCUCGCAUGCCCGAUACUCCCCCCACCUCCUCUUUCUGUCCUUUUUCUGUCUCUCUUGCUCUCUCAUACACACACACACACACUCAGAAGGAGAGGUGGUGUUUGAGCGGCGGAUCCCGUCGAGCGGAGAUUGCUGAAGAGAGGAGCGGAGCGGAGCGGCAGACUCUACCAUGCCAGUGCAGGGAGAAAGACUGAGGAGCUGUUUCUCUCUCUGCCUCUGGAGCCGGAGUCCUCUGAUCCUGCUCGGACUGUUCUCUCUGCAUGCACAAGUGCACGGAAACAUAUUGGACAGUAUGCUUUUCCGAGCGUCCAGUAAGGAGACAGCGGAGAACGGGAAGGAAGCUUUUGGCAGCACGGCUCCGGCUUCGUCUUCCCAGAGACUCCUGUGGUGUCACUGCUACCACCACUGCCCAGAGGAUUCGGCUAAUAACACCUGCAGGACCGAUGGCUACUGCUUCACCAUGGUGGAGGAAGAGGGAGGGGUGCCGGUCCUGACCGCCGGCUGCUUGGGCCUGGUUGGAUCAGAGUUUCAGUGUCGGGACACGGGGAACUCGCGUCAAAGGAGAACGCUGGAGUGCUGCACAGAUGAAGAUUACUGUAAUAAAAAUCUGCAUCCUACGCUGCCACCCCUCAAACCGCCCCUUUAUGUAGACGGGAAAAUCCACCACAUGGCCCUGCUGAUCUCAGUCUCAGUGUGCAGCAUUAUACUGGCUGUCAUCAUUGUGUUCUGCUACUUCAGGUACAAGCGGCAGGAGACUCGUCCACGGUACAGCAUCGGUCUGGAACAGGACGAGACCUACAUUCCCCCUGGAGAAUCCUUGAAGGACCUGAUAGAGCAAUCCCAAAGCUCUGGCUCUGGCUCAGGGCUCCCUCUAUUGGUCCAGAGAACAAUCGCCAAGCAGAUUCAAAUGGUGAAACAGAUCGGGAAGGGGAGAUACGGAGAGGUGUGGAUGGGCCGCUGGAGGGGAGAAAAGGUGGCCGUUAAAGUCUUCUUCACCACUGAGGAAGCCAGCUGGUUUAGAGAGACUGAAAUCUACCAGACUGUCUUAAUGAGACAUGAGAACAUUCUGGGUUUUAUAGCUGCGGAUAUUAAAGGAACCGGCUCCUGGACCCAACUCUACCUAAUCACCGACUACCAUGAAAAUGGAUCUCUGUACGACUACCUCAAAUCAACCACUCUGGACAAUAAAGCGAUGCUGCGGCUGGCCUACUCCUCUGUGUCAGGACUCUGUCACCUCCACACCGAGAUCUUCGGCACCCAGGGCAAACCUGCCAUUGCACACAGGGACCUGAAAAGUAAGAACAUACUGGUGAAAAGGAACGGGACCUGCUGCAUAGCUGACCUUGGACUUGCAGUGAAGUUUAUAAGUGACACGAACGAGGUGGACAUCCCUCCCAACACGCGGGUGGGAACGAAGCGCUACAUGCCUCCAGAGGUCCUGGACGAGACGCUGAACAGGAGUCACUUCCAGUCGUACAUCAUGGCCGACAUGUACAGCUUCGGCCUGAUCCUGUGGGAGAUCGCUCGACGCUGCAUCUCAGGAGGGAUCCUUGAAGAGUACCAGUUACCUUACCACGAGUUGGUUCCGACCGACCCUUCGUAUGAAGACAUGAGGGAGGUGGUCUGCAUCAAGAAACUGAGGCCGUCCUUUCCCAAUCGAUGGACGAGUGACGAGUGUUUGAGACAGAUGGGGAAGCUGAUGACCGAAUGCUGGGCUCACAAUCCAGCCUCCCGCCUCACGGCUCUACGGGUCAAAAAGACACUUGCCAAAAUGUCAGAGUCGCAGGAUAUCAAGCUAUGAGAGCGCGGGCGGGCGCCGCCAGGUGUGGGUUUCACUCGCACAGCAAGGGCACCAACGAUCACACUGGCUUCGCUCCAGGCUCUGCUGGCCUUGAUUUCUGGG